AAUUAUUCUCUCUACAUUUCUCUCUCUCUAGCUCUCCUUCUUUGAAUUUCCUCUCCGGCUCUCUAAACCCUAGAGGAGGAGUGUUUCUUCAGAUCUCUUGUAGACUGUGGUGUGGUGGUAGAUCGGUGAGUGUAUCUGCAUUACAAUUGCAAGCCAAGUAUGGCGGAAGAUCUGACUAAACUACGGGUGAAUUUUUCGUUGUCCGAAGAAGAAAGUGUGGAGGUGGAGAUCCAAGAUCAUGCGCUAGCUCGAAGGGAGGCGAGCUUGUUCAGGAUCGGAGAGAAGUGCCAGUAUUUUGGCACCGACAGCUAUGGUGUCACCACUGGUUCUGGUUCCUCCUCACAUAGGAGGACCAAGGGGGGAGGAGCACUUCAGAAGGAACUUAUUAGAGUCUUCCCAGUAUGGAAGAGAAGAAAGACAGUAAACAAAAAUUACAAAAUCAUCAACAAGAGCAGACUGAAGAAGAAAAGCCUGAUAAACAAGUGGAAGCUGAUCAAGCAGAAAAAGACAUUCCUGUGCUUGAGAAGAACCAGUUAUCCGAGGAUAUAGAGAAAGAAAGGCAUGAAAAUAAGGUAGAAAUAAGUGUUGGGGGAUCUAAAUUAUGUGGAAAAGAUGGAGAGAGGCAAACAGAUUCAUCAAAGAAAUCAAAAGAAGGUUCAAAAAGAAACGCCAAGGA